CGGGACGCAGACGGCGGGCAGUUUAAACCGCCGGAUGUGACGUUUAGGAGAAAACGUUCACUUUCAGGUUGGCAUGGAUUCAAUUUAAACAAACUCCUGAGGUCGAGUUCAUCUUCCUCUCCGCGUCUUCCUCUCCGCGUCUUCCUCAUUAACCGACGGUAGAGCAACCGACACACUGGAGCCGACCGACGCUCGUUACCAUGGCUAACGGAGAGGCUAACGGAGAGGCUAACGGAGAGGCUAACGGAGAGGCUCACCCGCUUUGUGCCUCUGGGAAACCAGCAGAAACAGUCUGGAGCUGAACAUGAAGAGAACAGUGUCUCAGGUAAAGCUGAGCCCGAACGAAGAGGCGAGGCUGAUACGGGAGGAACAGGAGAGGAGGAGGAAACUGCGAAUACAGCAGGUGCGGGAGCAGCAGCGGUACUUUGCGCUGCAGAUCCGCAGAGAGGUCGAGCAGAGACGUCGGCGUGAGCUGGAGCAGCUCGGGGAGGAACUGAGGGAGGACUGGGAGCGACAGCAGAGGGAGAAACUGCACACGCUGCAGAAACUAUACCAGGAGAGCCUCCAGCUUCUCGGUCAGGGCCAUAGGAGCGCAAAAGAAAACGAACCCGACUUGGCAGCCAUCGCUCAGCGGGAGGAGGAGAAUCACACCAAAGCAGAGGAGCGUUUUCGAGAAGCUCUGAUUGAGCUCAAAUCACAGAGGCUUAAAGACCAUGAGAGGCAAAGCCGAUCCAUCAAUGCCAGGAGGAAGGCUCUACAGGCAGAGAAGGAAAGAUCAGCAAAAGUGGCCAGCCUCCCACCGCCACCCCCAAACCCCAUUCAGCAGAACAUUGAUUCCAAGAAGCCACAAGUAGUAAAGAAAUCUGAUGUGAGUGCCUUCGCUGCCACGCAUUACCACAUGCCUGAAAGCACCGUGGACCGAGAGGUAGACACGAAGCAGCCCAACGCCCACGAAGAAGCUGAGCUGGAGCUGAGGAGACUGCAGGAGCUACAGAAGGAAGAAAUGAGGAGGAGAGAGGAGCAGCUUGAGAAGGCUCAUCUCAGAGGGAAGGAGGCUCUGAGGAGGGAACAUCUCGUGCAGGAUCGCAACCGCUUGCUUACUGAACUGGAGCACAUGCAGCAGACAGACCUGCUGAGGAGGAGACAGCAGGUGUCACAGAUGCCUCCUCAGAUCUUCCAGCCUCUCUGUAAGAGACAGGAGACAAGGGAGGACUUCCAGAGGGAGAUGGAGUUUGCCUUUGAGGACAUGUAUACUGGAGAGAGGAGGGUUAAAGGUGACCUGGUAGUCCAGUUGGUACCGGAGCCUCUGCCGGCCCUGUCCACGGGCAGCCAAGACCAAGAGCUGGACGUCACACUGGAUGAAGGCCCCACACCGGGAACAGAAGACACUGAGCACGAAGCCAGAAUCACUGAGCAGGAAACAUCUGCUGAAGCGGAGCCCUGCAGACCUGCUCCUAGACGAGCGCUGAGGAAACUCCUGGAUCGUAUCAGGAGCCAGAGGACCCAGUGGACUGAGAGCAACAGUCACGUUCCUGCAGCCGAUUCACAGACCGCCAUCACCGAUCAGAUCCCGGAGCGGGACACAACCAUCGACACAGGCUCUCUGACCAGCGAGGAGAAACUGUCCCCCACUGAGCGCCUUGAGCCUGCCCACUCACCACCUGCGUUGGAAAGGACAGAGAGGUCAACUGCGGCAGAUACUCUACUUCCUGAUGUACUUGCCAACAGAAUCCAAGAGUUUACAGAAGAACGGAGGAAACGGGAAGAAGAGCUCGAGAGGGAGAAGCAGCAGCAGGUGGUUUUGCUGCAGGAGUUGGAAGAGCAGAAGGCCAAAUUGGAGCAGAUGCUGUUUGAGGCUCAGCAGGAGAGAGAACACCUGAAGGCUGCUGUGACCCAGGAAGUACCUGUUAACCAACCAGAAGUACCGGUCCAUGACCAGGAAGUCACCUCCGUCACCUCUGAUCUAGCCACCGAGCUGGUGCCUCCUCCAGGUGAAGAUAACCACACCAGAAGGAUUCGAGAAUAUCAACAGCGACUGCUGGAACAAAACAGAAUUCACCAGAGAUCAGUGGAAGUGGCUCGCCAGCGCCUGGAGGAAUACCAGCGAGCUCUGCAAAUUCGUUACAAUAUGACCGCCACAACGUUGCUGCCUCCAGGCCUCAUUCACCCACCUCUGCACAGUACUCGACCUGUACAUCUUCCAACUUCUCUGCAACUCCCUACAACUCCCGCAGUGCCUGCAUACAACCAUGCCAAACCACAAACCACUGAAGUUCCCACAAGAGAGGCUUCACCUCCGCAUCUUCCUGGCUCCAGUUUGAGGGUUCGCUCUAGAUUGCUGCCGGAUGAAGUGGAAUCUAUUUCGGACAGUUCCAGGAACCAGAGACCAGAUGUCACUCCCUGGCUGACCGAUAACAUAAUGGAGAGAGUAACAAAGCACCUUCCAGAAGGCGUGAGACCCUUCCUGGCCACCAAAGACCCAGUGCCUUACAAACAGUUCACAACACAUCACCCAACAAGCAUCCCACUCCAGCCAACCUCUGAUCCCAUCCAAGUCAUUAGCCCGAGAAUAACAGAUGGUGCACCUCUGGCUCCGGGUCACGCAGCAGUCAGGCCUGGGAUCCUGCCACAGGGCUCUUUGCAGUCCCUGAGAUCCAGAGAGGACGACAUGGAGAGGCAGAGACGGGAGCUGCAGGAGGUUCAGCGACGGGAGGUUCAGCGACGGGAGCUGCAGGAGGUUCAGCGACGGGAGCUGCAGGAGGUUCAGCGACGGGAGCUGCAGGAGGUUCAGCGACGGGAGCUGCAGGAGGUUCAGCGACGGGAGCUUCAGGAGGUUCAGCGACGGGAGCUGCAGGAGGUUCAGCGACGGGAGCUUCAGGAGGUUCAGCGACGGGAGCUUCAGGAGGUUCAGCGACGGGAGCUUCAGGAGGUUCAGAGACGGGAGCUUCAGGAGGUUCAGAGACGGGAGCUUCAGGAGGUUAAGAGACGGGUGCUGGAGCAGAGGGAGGCAGUAGUGCUGCAGCAGAGGCAACAAGAAGAGGAGAGAAAGAGACAGGAAGUGGAGAUGGAGCAGAUGAGGCGACAAAAGGAGGCUUUGCAGGCUCUGAUUCAUACUGAUGCACAAUGCAUGGAGAACAACUUUCCCGCUGUGUUUUCUCAGCCGCAGCCAGUUCCAGAGGCUGCCAGUGAAGUGUUGGUUUCAGACAACAUCGGUCAGAGCCGCCUCAAAUUACUUGCGUCCCUGCUGAAAGCUAUUGAGGAGACUAAUGGAGGAACUUUAUCACACCUAGAAGACCCUGAGGAGAACGAUGGCUCCCCUCAACCAGCGUCUAACAGUGGUGAAACAGAUCCGAUCUCUCAGAGCAUUGUUCCUGCUGGACCUUCCCCAUCGUUUGUCCUCCCUUCAGCACUCCUUCAUCCUCCUCGAGCAGGAAAGCCUCCGGUGACCCGUGUCAGGCUGGGCGUCAUGGAGCUGAUGACUGCACAACAUGAGCUCAGUGCUAUUCAAGAGGUGGAGUCGCCAGGCAACACCAGCCAAGUCACAGGCCUGGAUGAUACUAUGAAGGUUCCUUCACAUACUGCGGACUGGGAUCCACAGGAGGAAUCUGAAUCGUCUGUGGCCUCUGAUGCAACUCUGCAGACCCCCUCUUGGUCCAGCAGUGGGCAGCGAACUGUUGAAAGACUAACUGACCACGAGAGACGGCUGAUGGGGGCUGGAACAUCUCCAGAGUCCUCACAGUCUGAUUCAGUCCUGAGGAUAAUGUCACCGCUUUCCUCUGACUCUGGGAGAGGAGCUGACUACUCUGGUCCUGCAAUCACAAGCUACAGAUCCCCCACAGAGUCUGCAUGUAGGCCUCCUGAUUUUGACUGUCUCUCCUCCACCACCAUCUCCACGGGCAGCUACGUCACCACUGAUCCUGAGCAGAAUGUAAACACAGAUAAAUCUCCGGACCUCAGACGUUGUGUGGAACAAGGACAAGGAGCAGAUUGUCUCAGUGUCUCCUCUCCGUCCAGUCAAAGCUCCAGUAUUAAGGACGGCUCUGGCUGUCUGUCGGGUACGGCUGUAGACGAUCUGUUUAACGACAGCAGCAUCCAGCGCAUUAUAGACAAAUACACAAAGGAGCUUAACAUCUCCCUCAGCACCACGGGGAAAACCACAGACAGUGAAGGCUCAUAUGUGGAUGAACCUGACCCUUCAGUUCCUCAGCAGUCUUUGGUUCGAGCCUCGGAGAGGACAGAGGACAAUGAAAGCUCUACAGCUCGUCACUCUCUUCCCUCAGACCCAGCAGGGACACAGAGGAGAGGCCUGGGAUGGGACAAUACAGUGAAUCCAAUCCUGGAGCACUUCUCAGGUGAGGACCCAUCCCUGGCUGAGGACUCUUUCAGACCCCUGAUUGGCCAGCUGGCAGACCAGUCCUCCUGUUUGGCUGCUGACCAUCGGGACUUGGCCAUGGAGCAGCUGGUUGGUCAACCAUCAGCGCACUCGUCCCUGAUUGGUCAGUUACCAGGUCUGCCGGUUUCAGUGAGCUUGGAUCAAGGUGGAUGGGAUUCCACUCUGAGUCGGAUGAUCGGUCGACUCUCCCAUCAGUCCAGCUCACACUGGCUGAGUGGCGGACACGACUUUUAUGCGGGUCAGCUGGUGGCUCAGAUGGCGUCGGAGCCGUCGACCACGUGGUUGGAGGAAGGUCCAGAGGGGAGCCGGAUGAGACCGCUGGUUGGGGAGCUGGAUGAGUCUGCUGGCCAGCACAGUGGAAGCUCAGGUGAAAGAACCCACGUGAAUCUUGGUGUUUCGACUGAGGCCAGCGUGCCGUCGUACCCAGCGUUGCCUCCUGAAGCCUCGUCACACAGUUCUUCUGUCCCAGGUGUGAAUCCACACGCACAAGACCAGACACUGCAGAGCCAAACCAGUCUAAUGGACCUGGGCCCCGAGAGGACUGAAGUGUUUCCAAGCUCGGACUCAUUCCACCCGUUAGUGGCUGAAGUCACCCACAACGAUACAGCAGACUCCUGCGUGACCUUUCACCUGCCCGUACACGAUGUGCCAAACUCUCCCGAAGGACAGUCGGCCAGCUGGGAACGCAGCGUCUCCACAACUUCUGAAGAGUUUGAAACCCACGACGGUCCUUCUGUUGAGUCUGAACCAUCUCCCGAGCGACUUAGAACAGAGGAGCCGUCCAGCUGCGUGACUGCUUCCCACGCCUUACAUGAAUCUGCCUCCCAGCUCAUCACCUCCCAGUACCACCCCCAUGAGUCUGACGUGGAGAUAACCGCUCAGAGUCUGUCAAAUCUAACCCUGUGUGACGAUGCUUCUACUCCGAGCAUGCCGCAGACACACGUAGGAGAUCCAGUCCCAUUCAGCGACCUUUGUGUUGGAGAACUGGAGUCUGAGCGGGGUUCAAACCUGAGGAGUGCUGUUCCUAUCUCAGAGGAGAUACUGGAAGCUGCUAGUGAGAAGGGGAUCCUGGAGCAGUCGGAUAUAACGCUAGUGAGCCUCACCGACACCACGCUGCAGGACCAAGAGACAACCCUCACUGAUGAAGAGGGAGUUUGGGAAGACCAACAUCCAGAUGUGGUGGUGGAGGAAGGACAGAAAGGCCAAGAGGCAGAGGGGUCAGAAUCCACAUUGUUACAGGAUGAGACUCCACAGGACAAGGACCAAACAGAUCCAGCGAUGCUCCUGGAGUUUCAGUGGGGUCCUAUCAGAGGCUCGCAGGAGGUCGACCAGCAGAAGCGCAGAGCUCUGCUCCAGAGAUCAUCCCGCAGGGUGGAAGAAAUCAAGGCCAAACGGGCUCUUGCCAAGAUGCUACCUGAGAGCCGAGCUCCACCUGAAGCCAGAGAGCAGUCUGAAGCUAAGGGCUCUCAACCUGUCACCUGUAAGGGAAAGACAAAGUCAGAACCUCAACAUGAGAUUAAUACCAAGUCAAAAGGAGGACAGACUCAGCAGCAACAAACUACAGAGAAAUCUGGCUUCAUCAAGCAGAAAAAGGCCCAACUUCCCCCUCCAGUGAGCGAAUCCAGGCAGAAACGAGUGGACGAGAUGAAGAUCUGCACACCGGAGCAAAGGAAACUAGAUGUUACUGAGAUGCACCAGAGAACUCAGAGGCUGUACGAGCGGCUGGAGGAGGUGAAGCAUCAGAAGGCAAUCAGGAGCAGACAGGAGGCUUAUGCAAAAAACAGACUGAAGGCAAAGGAGUUCCACAUGAAAACGUUACAGAAACUUCGUGCCAAACAGACUCCGCAGUGACUUUGAAUGUGUGUUUCUACUUUUGUAAAAAAUGAAGUUAUUUCGUAGUUUAAUCAAUAAAGCAUUUUAAGUUAUUUGAA